UUUCACAGCCAAGGAAAAGGAUGGAGCUCUUGUGGUCCUCACACACUAUUCUUUUCUUUUUCAACUUCCUUCCCAACCAAAAACAUUUUUAAUUCAUCUUCGUCUUAUUAUCUCCCCGUGCUCCUCUGCGAAAAAGAAUGGAUAUUGGUAAGGCGGAAGGGAAGAGGAGCGUGAGAGAUCGGAUGAAGGCAGACGUGGUCAAGGAAGACGAGGAAGAUGAAGAUGCCGAAGAGGACAACAAGAAGAAAAGGGUAAUGACUUACUCCGGAAGAAAAGGAUCCGGAGGAGGAUCGACUCAACCCUGUUGCCAAGUUCAGGACUGCCUCGCGAACAUGAGCAUUGCCAAGGCGUACCACCGCAGGCACAAAGUAUGUGAAUUUCAUGCUAAGGCUCCGGUCGUCGUUAUUUCUGGAGUCCAGCAGCGUUUCUGUCAGCAAUGCAGCAGGUUCCAUGAGCUACCAGAGUUUGAUGACGCUAAGAGGAGUUGCCGCAGGCGUUUGCUUGGACAUAACGAACGCCGUCGCAAGAGUUCAUAUGAUUUUCCAGGAGAAGGGUCAGGCUGACAAUAAGAAUUAGUUAAAUGCACUGAAUUGUUGGUAGAAUAAAGAAAGUGAUUUAAAUGACCAUCUCAGGAAGCACCAAUAAAACGUGAUUUAGCGAUCACUAGAACGCUCUCUCUCUUCUGUCAAAUAUGGACUUCUUCCUAAAUGUCCCUCUUAGCAGAAAAAUGACUGUUUCUUUUCAAGUUUACCAAGUGUUAUUCAACUAAAGAUGUAACCUAUGUCCAUAUAUGAUUUAGCAGUUCUGCUUGUUUCUGUGCUA